CCCCCCCCCCGGCCCCCGACCCGGCUCGGCCCGGCCCGGUUCGGUUCCCCAGCGCCCCUGGCCCGGCCCGGCUCGGCCCGGCUCGGCCGCGGGCCCGGCGGCGGGAGGCGCCCAGGAUGCCCGAGGAGCGCGGCCCUGCCCCACCAUGUCGGUCUCCAAGCUGCAGGACGCGGAGGAUGAGGUUUUCGAUUUUACCGCUGUGGUUCCAGAGACGCCGCGCCUGGACAGCAGCUUGCAGAAGGCUCGAGCCCGGCUCCUAGCCAAGGGCCGCCGGCACCGACCCUCCCGCUCCCGCCUGCGAGACAGCGCCAGCUCCACCGAGGGCGAGGAGGGGCUCGACGCGGCGGGAGCCGAGGGCAGCCCCGUGGCCCCCGGCUGCUCGCCCCCCGCCGCGCCGCCGCUCUCGGCCCCUUCGCCCUUCUCCCGCGGCGCCGAGUUCUCCUUCGAGGCGGGGGCGGUGAGGAGGGCGCUGGGGGAGUCCCCCCCGGCCCCCUCGCCCCCCCUCAGCCGCUACCGGCCCCUCACCAACACCUCGUCCCAGGAGGGGCUGGCGGGCACCCCCUCGCCCAAAUCCUGCCACAGCUCUGACAGCUCGCCCGGCUUCGCCCGCCGUGACGCACGGCCCCAGCGGCACAGCGAAGACGACAGCAGAGACAUGAGCCCCCCCGAGCCAGCCAGCCCCACCGUGGGGCUGGAUAAGAAGACGCGGAGGAAGUUCUUGGAUUUGGGGGUGACCCUCCGCCGGGCGUCCUCCAGCAAGAGCCGCAAGGAGAAGGGCAGCAACCGCCUGUCCAUGGGCAGCAGGGAGGCAUCGGAGGGCCCCGGCCGCCCCUCGGGGUCCCCCUUCCUGCCCUUCUCCUGGUUCUCGGACAGUGCCAGGGGCUCGGCCUCCCCCAGCUCCGCAUCGCCCGCUGGCUCCCCCCGGAACGAGGGGCUCAGCCCUGCCAAAUCCGCCUCCCAGGACUCAACGCUGAGCGACGACUCCCCGCCGCCCAGCUCCAGCCCGCGCCUGCCCGGCCCUGCCGCCACCAAGUGCUCCUACCCCUACCACACGCUGUCGCAGUCCUCGGAUGAGUUCCUGGACGAGCCCCUCGGUGCUGCCGCGGGCUGGACGUGCCGGCAGGUUGGGCAGUGGCUGGAGAGCCUCAACCUGGAGCAGUACGUGGAAGAGUUCUCGGCCCACGGUGUCGAUGGCCCCCGGCUCCUGCACCUCGAUGGCGCCAAGCUCAAGGCGCUGGGGGUGGGCAGCUCUCAGGACCGCGCCGUGCUCAAGAGGAAGCUGAAGGAGCUGAGCCUGGCCGUGGAGAAGGAGCGCAAGGCCCAGGAGAAGGCAGAGAAGCAGCGGGAGAAGCAGAAGAAGAAGGACCAGGAGCAGCGGCGGAGCUAGGGGGGGGCCGGGAGCGCCCCCACAUCCCCCUCCCCUGCCCACUGCCCUCCCUGGGGGGCGCCUGGCCCCGGACACGCGGCGGUGGCGAAGGGACCGCAGUGCCAGGCUGAGACGGGCACGGAGCAGCACACGUGUCCCCCCUCUGCGUGUCCCCCCCCCCCCACCUGCACCCCAUGGGCACAGACUGGGUCCCACCCCCAGGCCCCUAUUCCGGAUGCAAACAGCACAUUGGACCCCCCCUCCAAACCUCAUACCCCCUCCCCAACCCUGGCUGCCCCCCACCCCAAGGGGUCCAAGGUGUGUGGGGGGUCACAGCUGCCCCCCCAAAUCCACCCCGGUAUGGUGUGGCACCAGCUGAGGACAGUGCAUGGCCUGACCCCCCCGGACACACGCACCCCCAGUCAGGGUGCAGUAAGCGAAUGCUGACCCCCACCCCUCCCACCCCCAGCCCCCCCAGGUAAAAGCCUCCUAGCACGGGGGCACCCCAGGAAAUAAAAGGGUA